UAAACCGGAAGUAAGGCGGGACUUCGUUGGGGCUGUAGUGUCCACAUGUGAGUGUCCACAUGUGUUUCUAACGUCAGCAGAAAACAAUACUGAAUAAUGAUAACAGCUUGUUGAAGACUGUCUGCUUCAUGUGAGGAAAUAAGACACUUGUAGAAAAUGUUGAGUGAAUCUGAGGCUGCGGAGCUGCUCUCCUUCCUGGGCCCUGGUACGCGCCUUGAUGUCAAAGGACAGGCCACAGGGUACAUCCUGGGCCUGUCAGCACACAGUGAUGGUUGCCGCUUCUUCCGCUCUAAACCAGACUUACUAAGGGCCCUGUUCGCUCUCACGUCAGACCCCUCCAUCGCCAUAGUGAAGGACUGUUACCACGUCUUCAUCAACCUGACAGCUGACGAGACUCUGCAUCAGGUUUUGGUGGCAGAUGUCAACAUUCUUCCAGUGUUAUUAAAAAACCUACAAGAUCCAGAGUACCCGUUCUCUGAUCAGAUCUGCACCAUCCUGUCCAACCUGAGCCGCCACAAGAAGACCUGCAAGACUGUGUUCAAGGUUCUCCAGGAGGGAGUCGGUCUGGCUCAGCUGGUCGAGAUCUUCUGCACUGAAGGUUACAAUAAAAAGGCCAAACUCCACUACCUGGGUCCUCUGCUGUCCAACCUGACCCAGCUGCCCGAGACCAGAAACUACCUGCUGGACAAAGACAGAUGUGUAGUCCAGAGGUUGCUGCACUUCACUCAGUUCCAGGCAUCGGUGGUGAGGAGGGGCGGAGUCAUCGGCACCCUGCGCAACUGUUGCUUUGAACACGAUCAUCAUGAGUGGUUACUUAGUGAGGCUGUGGACAUCCUGCCCUUCCUCCUGCUGCCGCUGGCCGGUCCAGAGGAGCUGACAGACGAAGAGAAUGAAGGUCUGCCUGUGGACCUGCAGUACCUCCCAGAGGACAAAAAGAGAGAAGAAGACCCCGACAUCAGGAAGAUGCUUCUGGAAACACUCAUACUGCUCACAGCCACCAAAGCCGGCAGGACGACCCUCAGAGACAAGAACGUCUAUCCCAUCAUCAGAGAGUUUCACCGCUGGGAGAAAGACGCCCACGUCGGAGCCGCCUGCGAGAAACUGGUCCAGGUGCUGAUCGGAGACGAGCCGGAGCAGGGGAUGGAGAACCUGAUGCAGGUGGAGAUUCCUGAGGACGUGAAGGAGAAACUGAAGGAGGCGGACAUCAGAGAGCAACAGGAGCUGGAGACAGAGCAGGAGAGGAUAAGACAGGAGGAGGAGGAGGAGGAGAGGAAGAAAAGAGAAGCAGAGGGGGCGGACAGAGAACAGGAAACUGGACUGAUACGCUGAAGAACAUGAUUAGAGAGGUGUCAGUAAACUUUCCCGGCUUUUUCUGUUGCAUU